UGCUAGGUGCAUGUGAUACCUCUUUCCUCUCUUCCAGUAGCUUCUCUCGGACCAAAAAGAGAAGAUGAGGGAGAUAAGAUGGCGGCCAGCGAUGACACUGUUUUGCAGUUCAAUACGCCGUCAACGGCGAGCCUGUUGGCGAAGGUUGCUUUGGAUAUUGAAUACCAUCAUAAUAUGUUAGUCUCCCACCAAAAAGUUAAUCCAAAAGAAGUCAUCGUUGGAUGGUAUUCUAAUGGGCUUGGAGUCACAGUCGGCAGAGCAUUGAUCCAUGAUUUUUAUUCUAGGGAAGUACCUAACCCUGUUCAUUUGACAGUGGAUAUGGGAUUUAGGAAUGGAGAGGGUUUGGUAGCUGCAAUAAGCUGGGGAAUGCCUGAAAUUUGAUCAGUUGGCCCCUGGAUGAUUUAUAUUUAUAUAUACAUCUUUAGGUGGUUGGUUGGUGGAAGGAGGGCUGCGGCUUCAAGGAUGGGUAACUGUGGAUUAUGGUUAUAUUCACAUUGCUUCUGAUCUGAUCUGUGCUUCUUGGGCUUUGUUUACUGUCUUCUCAGUAGGGAGUGUUUCUUGUAUAGAGUAUGUAGCAUUAGGGUGUGAACUAUUAAAUCAUUUCUGAGAAACAUUUUUUUAAUUAGUCAAUUCUUACCCCCAAUAAUUAAAGCAAGGACCCCGGCAAUUCGUGUUGGCAAGUAAUUCUGCCUGACAAUUUGAGGUUCAAAGCCUUGUGUCUUGUAUGAUCUUUGUAUUUGGGGUGUUUAGAAUGAUAAAGCAGUGUGGUAGCUGAAGCACACAUUCCCCUCUUAACAUGUAUUAUAGUGUGAUUCGAGUGAAGAGGAAUGUUUAUAUAUUAGUUCUUAUGUAGUUAUGCCCUGCAUGUUUUUAACAUCUUUCUUUCAACUGUUACCACAUAUAAGAAAUUUUGAUACAAUCUAAUUAAAGAUAUUUGUUGUAAAAUUAGUUGACAUCCUCAAACGACAGGGGUUGACAAACUGCCAAAUGAUUUGGAGGGAAUGGAAGUCACUAUGGAAAGACUAUUGGCUUUGAUAGAUGAUGUCUACAAACAUGUUGAUGAUUUUGUGGUGUGUAAUUUUGCUCUAUCUUCUUUAUCUAUAUUCAACUGCUGCCUUAUAUAAUUUUUGUUUUUCAUUCUCAGGAAGGGCGUGUUGCAGCAGAUAAUAGCACAGGUAGAUUUAUAGCGGAUACAGUAGCAUCCUUACCUAAACUAUCUCCUCCUG